AUUAAGUUUAUUACGCAUUUCUAAACUAAUAUAUAGUAUAAUAAUCAACAUAUUGUUUGUUUUAAUUACAAAUAGUUGUUAAAUAAUAAAAGGUUUGACAUAAAUGUCGAAACGCAGUCUAAAUGUCCUAUUCAUCCCUAUGGACGGCACGGGACACGUGAACGCGUGCUUAGGUAUCGCCGAACAGCUGAUAGAGUCGGGCCAUAAGGUGUCGUUCCUUAUGAACAACCAAUGGAGGGGUAAACUGUCCGCCAAAUACGGUAUAACCGAAAUAACACACGAGAGUGUGAGCGGUAGGCAAACCGGUGGCGACCCGGCCCUCGAGUGGGCGCUAGUGUUUCAGGAGUCGGGUAUGAUAUCGAGUAAUGGAUCUCUGGAAAAAAUGUUAGCAUGGUACACCAAGUUGUUGCCCCUGUUUAUGAAGUACUCGGAUGUGAUUAAUGAGCGGAUUGAGAGUACUAUUGAGAGUCUGAAACCGGAUGUCAUAUUCAUGGAUCAAGUUAUCUGUUUGCCGGCGGUUGAGAGGGCAGGCAUCCCAUGGGUUUGGAUUUGCAGUUUUAAUCCACUGUUUUUGAUUGAUGAUGAAAGGACUCCGCCUAAAGGCUCAGGACUUCCCGUAAAUGCUAAGAAUGAGUGGAAAGCCUUUCGACAGGUAGUCAUUGAGAAGACCUAUGAUAUGUGGAAAACAUUCAACGAUUUUAUUGUGGGAAAGGGUUUGCCGGCACUCGAUGUCUGUCAAUACUUUCAUCGCUCGCCAUAUCUUAAUGUCUAUCCCUUUCCACAAGAAGUCGAUUACACAGACAUACGGCCCAUACCUGACAAACACCUCCAGUUGGAUAACCUCAUGAGAAAGGAUAAGGGAUCGGCGUUUUACAUACCCGUCCCAUUACUGGACAAACCCGGAAAACUAAUUUACUUGGGGUUGGGAUCUAUGGUGUCAUCGGAUUUGGCAAACAUGAAGAGAUUGAUCGCAAUAUUAGGCAAAUCCCGGCACCGGUUCAUAGUAUCCAAGGGUCCACUCCAUGACAAGUAUGACUUACCGGACAACAUGUGGGGCCAGCAGUCGGUGCCGCAGAUACAGGUGCUGCCAGUCGUCGAUCUGGUGGUCACACACGGAGGCAAUAAUACUGUGACGGAAAGCCUGUAUUUCGGGAAACCAAUGAUAGUUUUGCCCGUAUUUGCCGAUCAAUACGAUAACGCGCAACGACUGCAUGAGUUAGGAAGUUAUUUGUUGAGAUACACGGCCUCCCUGUGCUCUAACCAUUAUGUUUGGAUACAAACCGUUGACACCAUGUAUUCGUAG